AUUUAACGCAUUUGAAACUCUUAGAACCACCCGCAUGGGAGAGCUUUUCGAAAGCUCAAUAGCGCAGCAGUAGCAGCAAAGGAUAACUGGUGGCAAAGCAAGCGGGUCAGGCGGAUAACGGAGCACGUACACAAACAUUUUCUAUCUUAAAUGGCGAUGCUGGCAGAGAAACGAAUUCAGUUGCUCGCGACAACCGAAAGGAAGCUAACGAAGUGCCGCACAGCGCGGAAUACUUACUACUAGUAUUACUUUGCCAGCUGUUGUGAAGAAGUUGUUGGUGAGCAGGCAAGCUGCAGAGCAAAGUUGGGGUAUAACUAUUACAGAAAAGUAGCAACACAGUAGCAAAACUAAAGUGAAGCAAAAAAAAACAUAUGUACAUUCAACAAAAGCAAUAGCAGCAAGCAAAAGCAAAACAGCAGCAAAAGCAAAAUACUAGGUGUGCAAAAGCUAUUUUGCAGCAUCAGACAUUAUGGAGCUAGUUUCAAAAUCAAAUAUGAGCACAUUAGAGGAUCGUUCAACAAAAAGUAUGGAAAAACUCAAAAUGUUAGACAUCACACGAGACAGACCGGUUAAAGUAGCUGUUAAGGUGGCUGUACCAGUGCGAGAUCAUCCAAAGUUCAAUUUCGUCGGCAAAUUAUUGGGCCCCAAGGGAAAUUCUAUGAAACGUUUGCAGGAGGAGACAAUGUGUAAGAUGGCAGUGUUGGGUCGCGGAUCGAUGCGCGAUCGCAAAAAAGAAGAAGAAUUACGCGCCAGUGGUGAUAGUCGGUAUGCCCAUCUAUUCGAGGAUUUGCAUGUAGAAAUUUCAACAUUUGCUGCGCCCGCCGAAGCACAUGCACGCAUAGCAUAUGCGUUGGCUGAAGUGAGGCGGUUUUUGGUGCCGGACUAUCACGACGACAUACGACAGGAGCAGAUGUGGGAAAUGCAAGCGCUGAGUUCCUCAUCAUCCUUGACCUACACCGACGAUCAGCAUAGUCCCAAUCGUGGUGGCGUCACCGAUAUGGAUACAUCGAAUGAUGAUAAGCUGGAGAUGGAACCUAACGGCAUGGAGUGCAAUACACUCGACAAAAAUGAUGCACAACAGUUGAGUCUGAGUAGUGAACAUCACCAGCAACAACAACAUCACCAACAACAACAACAACUCCAACAUCAACAACAACAACGCAAUUUGCACCAUUUACUACACCAACCGCCGCCGUCAACACGUGGCCCCAAUCCUACAGUCGCCGUAGCAGCUUCCCAUCAUCACACCAAUCUUUUGCCGACCAGCACUGAUGGAGGAGGGCUUUGUCAGAAAACGAAUGUCACUAGCGCAGCAACAACAAUGAAUUCCUUCCCACUAGUACAUCCGACUGCCAUGACAGUUGCAUUACAACAUCAAUUGACCGCCGCUGCUAGUAUUGGUAACUUGUUGAAGCCAUCGGCGACUACAUCAGCGGGUGUGCCUGCAGUGGCUGAUUUACACACAGCGGCAGCAGCAGCAGCGGCGGCGGCGGCGCAACACUCCAACAACGCUACGGGCAUACCGUUGUCGAGCGAUGCUGAAUCGCCCAUGGCAGCCACACUGGGUUUGUUGGAUCCACCCACGAGCGCAUUGUUGCAUCCGGCGUUGCGCAGUGUCAAGGCAAUCAAUAUUGCCGGUGGCCUGGCACGCAAGCGUCCACUUUUAGGUGUGCCCCGUUCAACUAUGAAUCCAACUAAGCGAACUGUUAUGACUUUACUCGCAAGAGCUAAAAAUUCGCAGGCUUUACAUGCGGUACGAAAUCCAAUUGCAGCCGCUACGGCGGCUAGAUUCGCUGAUCCUUUACAGAUGCUUACCUCCCCCUUCAUUUUAUCAUCACAGCCAAUGGAUCAGUCGAUGCUAACAUUUCCUAAAGAAAGUCUAGCACAAGGAGUCUAAGUACUGGAACAAAAAAAAAGGUAUUUUGAAUUGAAAAAUUUUGAUCCUUAUUGAGCCCGCCUCCACCUACACACCAAUGUACUACAAUUAAGAUAUCACAAAAAUAUUUAAUGAAUAUAUUUAAACUUAAACAAAAACUCGCCCAACGCAAAUAAAAAAUUUAACUUCAAAGCAAACAAACGUAAAAUGUUAAAUAAAAAAAUAAAAUAAAUAACUAAAUAAAUGAAUUAUACAGAUAUUUAUACAAUUAUACCUAAACUUAUCGGAAUGUUGAGGUUGACGACACAUUACGAGUAUUAUGAGGAAACACAUCUUUAGGGACUAACUGGCAACAUAAGUGUACACGACAAGUAACUUUGAAAAAACAAAAAAAAACAAAAACCAAAAACCAAAAACAACAAAAUCGCAAUAUAUUUUAUUUACACAU